UGAUCGCAUCAUGCACGACAUCCACACCCUAUCGCCCACCUCGAACCCUCAAUCGCUGCCGCCUUCUACAGACAUUUAUUUCAUGCUCGUGUCUGACCACAGCUCUCCGCCUUGACGUAAUAGAUGAAGUGCUCCCCACUCCGGGGGGCGCAUAACCUACGCUCGUAAUGUCAGACUCCGUGGACAGAGUAUUCAGCCAUGCGCUCAAUACCGUCAAUAAGAUCCGGACUGGGUCGCAGAAGCCACCAUCUGCGACACGACUACGACUGUAUGGGCUCUACAAACAGGCUAUGGAGGGCGAUGUUGAUGGCAUAAUGGAACGCCCAGAGGGCAACGGCGAUAUAGAGCAACGGGCGAGGGAGAAGUGGGACGCUUGGAAACAGCAGAACAGCCUCUCACGCACCGAAGCGAAGCGCCGCUACAUAACCACCCUUAUCGAAACCAUGCACAAAUACGCCUCGCCCUCCCCCGACAGUCGCGAACUCGUCGCGGAACUAGAAUUCGUUUGGGACCAGGUCAAAUCAAAUGUACCCUCUUCGUCUUCAUCAUCUCCACUACAGACACUUAGUCAGACGGGGAUGCACAUGCCACAAAACUAUGGCUCACAACUGGGGCAGAGUGGGAGGGCCGCAAUGGCCCAGGGAAGUGACAUAGGCGGCAAAGCAAAUGAUGGUGAUAUUGAUGACCAGCCUCUCCGAGUCAAGAGCCCCAUGUCCCAAAGCGAAGAAGACUUAGAAGAAGAAGAGGCUGAGAUUGAGCGUGAGGAAUUCGUCGACGCCCCAGACUCACAAUACAACCCGAACGCGGAGGACGUAGGCGUACAAACAGAUCUCCAGAACCUCAGGCGACAGCAACCAAUACCCAUGGGGACACCGACACCCGCCCCCCGCAUGCGAAGCAUUGUCCCGCAACCGAUACCCAUGCCGGCUUUUACGAGCAUACCGGCGACCAAAGCAGCAGCGACGGCGCCACAGCACGAGAGCGCAGCCGAUCAGAAAUGGCGGAAGCGCGUCGAGCAAGCCCUCGUCAAGAUGACGGCCGAAGUCGCUGCGUUGCGCGAGCAACUCGAAGCCCGCCGCCUCUUCUCACACUCACCUCACUACCGGUUAUUCCGCGGUCUAUGGCGUUGGGCAUGGGCGGCGAUAAAGCACUUCGCCGUCGAUGCUUUUAUACUAUGUAUCGUGCUAUUGUGGAUGCGGCGGAAGAAAGAUCGACGCCUGGAAGGCGCCAUACGUGUGCUUCUCGGCGAUGCAGUAGCGCAGGUACAAAGGGUUGGCGGUGUGAAGCUGGGGAAAGUGAAACUUCCUAGUCUUGGGGUUGGAGGUAAAAAGAGUACAUGAUGGUAGGGUUGAUAAGAGUUGAAAGUGCAAGAUCGCAUGAUAUUGAUAUGUAACAUUUUAUGACCGGCGCCCUGGAGGCGUGAUUCUGCAUGGAAACCGGCAGUCACUUAGCAAUAUCUUUUUGUACAGGUAUGUAGACUUCGUACUGAUAUAUUAAUUCGAAUGCUC